CACUAGUUUAGUAUAAUAUGCCUUAUGGAUGGUGAGAGGAGUGGGUGAAGAUUGGUUAUGGCUGGUUAAAAAAGUUUUCUUCCCCAUCUCUCUGCCACAGAGUAUGCAUCUGCAUAUGGAAAUGGAGAAGAAUAUGAACAGUCGUGUUUACAUUAAAUUUGGGGGGUGGUGGUGGAGGAUGAGGAUGGUACUCCUCCUCUUGGUCUGGAUGUCAGUAGCUCAGGCCCAACAAUCCUAUGUCAACAACCACCAGCUUGACUGUGACAACAACUUCAAUGAGACGAAUGGAUUCCAGUGCAACGGGCCUAGAUCAUGCCAUUCCUACCUGACCUUCCGAUCUGCCCCUCCUUCGUACGACAGCCCACCCUCCAUAGCCUACCUCUUGAAUUCCGAACCAGCUCAGAUCGCCACCAUUAACGAAGUUUCCGAUGUUGACACAAUCUCCAAGGACACCGUCCUGAUUGUCCCAGUCAACUGUUCCUGUUCAGGUGAUUUCUAUCAACACAACACCACCUACACCUUGAAAUCUGCUUCCGAGACUUACUUCUCCCUCGCCAACAACACCUACCAAGGCCUCACCACUUGCCAGGCCCUCAAGGCUCAGAACCCUUAUGACUAUCGGAACCUCUCGGUGGGGUUGCAUCUGCAGGUUCCGCUCAUGUGCGCCUGCCCCACUGCGAAUCAGACCGCCGCCGGAUUUAACUACUUGCUUUCUUAUCUCGUCACCUGGGACGAUACUAUCGCUUCAAUCGCUAACAUCUUUGGUGUGGAUGAUGUGCAGUCCAUAUAUGAUGCCAAUCGCCUCUCUUCUACUAGCGUUAUUUACCCCUUCACCCCCAUUCUCGUCCCGCUUAAGAAUCCUCCCUCCAAGAUCCAAACUACCGUCUCUUCGCCUCCGGCACCGUCUCCAGAAACCCCCAUGGUCCCCUCUGGUGGAGGCAGUAAUUCUUCCAAGAAAUGGGUUUUCAUUGGGGCUGGUAUUGGAGCCGCUUUACUCGUUCUUUUAGUCUCCUCUGGAAUGAUGUUUUGCUUCUUUCGCCGUCGCCGCCAAUCUGGACAAGACAAGCCAGUUUUGGACUUGGGAGAAGCUACCAAGCUUUCAAAAUCCCUGGAAAACAAAACAUCUAUGUCUAUUUCUCUAGAAGGGAUUCGUAUGGAAAUGGAGUCCCUGACCGUGUACAAGUAUGAAGAGUUGCAGAAGGCUGCUGGGUAUUUUAGUGAAGCUAACAGAAUCAAGGGUUCUGUCUAUAGGGCCUCGUUUAAGGGCGAUGAUGCGGCCAUAAAGAUGAUGAAAGGAGAUGUGUCUGAAGAGAUCAACAUUCUAAAGCAGAUCAACCACAGCAAGGUGAUCAGGCUUUCAGGUUUCUGCAUACAUGCAGGGAACACCUACCUUGUUUAUGAGUAUGCAGAGAAUGGGGCUCUGAGCGACUGGCUCCAUGGUGAUGGUGGAACUUGUUCUACUCUGGGAUGGAAACAGAGGGUUCAAAUAGCCUAUGAUGCAGCGGAUGCCCUGAAUUACCUCCACAACUUCAUCAGUCCCCCAUGUAUACACAAGAACUUGAAGAUCAGCAACAUCCUCUUGGAUGGUAACAUGAGAGGCAAGGUCACCAAUUUUGGACUGGCAAGGCGAUUGGGGAAUGAAGAGGGAGAUGGAGGGGGGCUGCAACUGACGAGACAUGUGGUGGGGACUCAGGGUUACAUGGCCCCCGAGUACGUAGAGAAUGGUGUGGUUACCCCAAAACUAGAUAUUUUUGCUUUCGGUGUUGUGAUAUUAGAGCUGUUAACUGGCAAGGAAGCUGCGCCUUCUCAAAAGAAAGAAGGAGGGGAGUUGUUAUCCGUGUCAAUAAAUGAGGUGCUUCAAGGGGAUAAUGUGAGAGACAAACUGAGAGGCUUCAUUGAUCCUUGCCUUGCGCAUGAGUACCCCUUUGAUUUGGCUUUCUCCAUGGCCCAACUCGCCAAGUCAUGUGUUGCCCAUGACCUUAAUGCUCGCCCAACCAUGUCUGACAUUUUCGUUAUCCUCUCCAAGAUUCUCUCGUCCUCUUUGGACUGGGAUCCAUCUGAUGAUUUUCAAGCCUCUGGCUCUCUAAGCCAUGGUAGAUAGGCAACCGUUGCAUCCAUAUAUCCUAUAUGGAAGUUUACAAUGAGACGAAUCCACUCACAAUAGUGGUGAUUUUGUGAGCUUCUGCUUGAUACAAGUCACACCUCGCACUUAUUGUUUUUUCCCCUCUAGAAACUAGAAAUGGAAUGUAAAAGUAGGCAUGAAGGAGCUGCCCUGCCAGAUGAAAUUACAUUGAUUGCAAUGAAAUUAAAAGUAUUUUCCGUGUUCCCCUGCUGGGGUUUAAAACAACUCA